AUGGUCAAGGGCUGGAACCGGAGUGUCUGUGCCUUGACAGUGUGCUACGCAGCUUACAUGGUGCCAGAGAGCUUCAGCACGAUCUAUGCCACUGGCGUCACGGCUGAUCUUAAUGUUGCUGUCUCCACGAACCGAGGAGUGACACUCGGCUCCUCGGUGCGCCGCAAGCCAAAUGCCUUCAAUCUUGUGCACCAACUAGAAAUGAUGAUUCGUGGUGGCUUGACCCGUGAACAAGUGCUUGGAAGCUUGGAGGCAAGUGAUGGCAUCGCUAGCUUUGCCCAAGCGUAUGCUUUGGGGAAACAAGAAUGUGGCGCUGCGGUCAACCUCCUUCAGCGGAUACCCUCGGAGAUAAAGGAUGUAUUGACGCUUCUUGUCCAGAAAUACACCCAGCCGCGCUUCAUAACCCAUGACUCUUUGAGUGGGAACUUCUUCAAUGGUGGCUUUUCUUCUGCCUCGGGCAUCUUAGUCCCCUGGAAGAGUCAACUCACAAAUUCAACAGCAUUGCUUCGGGUCUUGGUGGUGCGCUUGGAGAAAGACUGGCUGGCACUUGCGCCCAAGCACCGAAAGCCUUGGAACGCAAAAGAUGUGGACUCUAGGCAGCUUUGUUCCAAUCAGUAG